AUGAGUAAUGCGGUCCCAUCACCUUUUCGGAGCAGUGUCGCAUUUAAUAUAGCACCCGAGAUGCCCGCUGGCGACGAUGAUGCGACUGCACGACCGCAUCAACAUACUCGGUUGAGAAGCUGCAUUUUCUUUGUUAUGGGCAUUUUGCUUGCUCUAGUUGUUUUCGAUUCAAUGAAGGAAAAAAGAAUCGAGAGAACAGCAGCCUCAUUCUUUACAUGGAUCGAAUCUCACCCUUUCCUUGGCGUGCUGGCUGUGAUCUUGGUUUACACGGCGGCAACAAUUUGCUUUGUGCCGGGAUCCGUUCUAACGAUAGGAACUGGAUUUGCAUUCCGAAGCGCUUUUGAUGAUUUCGGUAAAGGACUUGCGCUUUCUUCCCUGGCUGUUUUUGUUGGAGCCAGUUGUGGAUCGGUCUGCUCGUUUCUUUUAGGGAGAUAUUUGUUUCGAGAAUGGGUAGUACGACUGGCCUCUUCGUAUCCUAUAUUUCGUGCCAUUGAUAGAGCGCUGGAAAACAAUGGGCUAAAAAUAAUGGUGCUGCUCCGGUUGUCACCGCUCAUCCCAUACAACGCUCUCGACUACAUUAGUGGGGUGACGUCUAUCUCGUUAUUUUCGUACAGUGUAGCGCUCGUUGGAUUACUACCUGGAACGAUUACAUUUUGCGCCAUUGGUGCCACAGCUUCGAGCCUAGCAGAAGGCACCGAUCGCAGUGAAAACGGGGGUCUGCGAGUAUUCGCAUUAGUCUUUGGGUUGAUUUUCGCCUUUUUGGGAGCCGGGGUCGCGUCUUUUUACUCUAAAAUUGAACUUGAUAUGAUUUUACAGGACGAAUCAGAAGGAACGGUACCGAUUGUCGCGCCGGAUAGUGAGGAAGAACAAUACGUUCGCCAUGCUGGCCGCUUCAGUGAUCAUCCUAUUGAAGAAGGGAUUGUAUAA